AUGACCUCAACCUCGUCUCUCACCGGAUCUGGCCGUGCUUAUUCAUCGGACAUGGAGGAAUCAACAUUCCUGAAGCGCAAUCGGGUCGUCCACUUUGCUCGUCUUGGACUAUCAUUCUUGACUUUUGGCGUUGCAAUUGCCGUCGUCGCCUGUGAAGCACCACCCUUGCAACAUUACAAAAGGACUUCCCAGUGGGCAAAUGCCGGCCUUGCCCUGUGGCCUUUGAACUUCGAUAUUCGUCCAACUAUCGCAGCUCUAGUCUGUGGUUGUAUAGUCACCGUACUGAAUUUGGUGUAUAUUGCAGCUGCCCUCCUACCGUCGCCAUAUUCCCGCAUAAAGCCACUAAACAUCUACGCCUCAACCUCGGCUCUAGCAGGCUUCGUCACAGCCCUAGUCGGAAUCCUCUUCAUAAAAUACCUACCGUCGUCAAACUACCCAGCAGGUUUCAGCAAGAACGAAACCCUCCACAGCUGGACAUGUAAAUGGAAAACCGGAACGAGCACCACCAAAACACCUACUCACUUUGACCGUGACUGUCUCAAUACCCGGGCUGCCUUUGUUCUGCUGUGCAUGCUGGUUGGGAUGGAGGUGUUGAUGGGUGUCAUUGCUGCCGUGGGUACAUGGUUCCAGCGAGACGUCUCUCGUUGUCGGGAGGCGCAGUUCCAGCUUGAGAAGUUGGAAGUUGCUACCAAGCACUCUCGGACUUGA